AAAAAAACUAAAAUGGCUAAAUUCAUGAUUGUCUUGUGCGCUUUGGUUGCCUGUGCCGCUGCCAAACCCGGUGUUGUUGCUCCUUUGGCUUACACAGCUCCUGUUGCUGCUGCCUACACCACUCCAUAUGCUGCUGCCUAUGCCACUCCCUAUGCUGCCGCUUACACCGCUGCCUACACAACUCCUUUGGCCUACACUGCCCCAGCUGCCGUCGCUGCUCCUUUGGCUUAUGCUAAUGCUCAUUUGGAUGCCGCCUAUGCCAGCAGCCGUGUCGAUAUCAAACAAAAUUACAAUGCCGCUGUUGUCCCAGCCACAUAUGCCGCCGCCCCUGUUGCCGCUGCCAUUGCUCCAGUUGCUGCAUCCGUUGCUCCUCUUAAAUACACCGCUCCAUUGACCGCUGCCGUCGCCGCUCCUUUGACUUAUGCCAAUGCCCAUUUGGAUGCCGCUUAUGCCAGCAGCCGUGUUGAUAUCAAGCAAAACUAUAAUGCCGCUGUUGUCCCAGCUACUUAUUCUGCUGCCGUAGCACCUGUUGCCCCUCUUAAAUACACCGCUGCCCCAGUUUUGUUCAGUAUAUUUCAAUGGAGCAACUGGGGCAACGGCGGCAGCAACAGGUGUGGCAGCAUAAGUAGCUGGCACAACAGCGGCAUUGUAGUUUUGCUUGAUAUCCACACGGCUGCUGGCAUAGGCGGCAUCCAAAUGGGCAUUGGCAUAGGUCAAAGGAGCGGCGACGGCAGCAGUCAAUGGAGCGGUGUAUUUAAGAGGAGCAACGGGAGCAGCAACUGGGGCUACGGCAGCAGCUACAGGGGCGGCAGCAUAUGUGGCUGGGACAACAGCAGCAUUGUAGUUCUGCUUGAUAUCAACACGGCUGCUGGCAUAGGCGGCAUCCAAAUGAGCAUUAGCAUAAGCCAAAGGAGUGGCAACGGCAGCAGGAGCAGUGUAUGCCAAUGGAGCAGUAUAAGCAGCGGUAUGAUUGUCUUGUGCGCCUUGGUUGCUUGCGCUGCUGCCAAACCCGGUGUAGUUGCACCUUUGACUUACACAGCUCCUGUUGCUGCUGCCUACACCACUCCUUAUGCCGCUGCCUAUGCUACCCCUUAUGCCUCUGCUUAUGCUACACCUUAUGCUGCCGCUUACACCGCUGCCUAUACUGCUCCUGCUGCCGUUGCAGCUCCUUUGGCUUAUGCCAAUGCUCAUUUGGAUGCCGCAUAUGCCAGCAGCCGUGUCGAUAUCAAGCAAAACUACAAUGCCGCUGUUGUCCCAGCUACAUAUGCCGCUACCCCUGUCGCUGCCGCCGUUGCCCCAGUUGCUGCUCCCGUUGCUCCUCUUAAAUACACCGCUCCAUUGACCGCUGCCGUUGCUGCUCCUUUGACUUAUGCCAAUGCCCAUUUGGAUGCCGCUUAUGCCAGCAGCCGUGUUGAUAUCAAGCAAAACUAUAAUGCCGCUGUCGUCCCAGCCACUUAUGCUGCCACCCCAGUUGCUGCUGCCGUAGCUCCAGUUGCCCCUCUUAAAUACACCGCUGCUCCAGUUUUGUUGUAA